UUGCCUUCGCCUUGAAACAUCAUCGAAUCAACGGAGCCCCCAUACUGUCAAAUCGCGUCUACAUUUUCCAAAAACGAAUCGAACCCGAAAUGAGGUAAAGUGGCGAAUAGACCCGAUACGUACACGUGCUGUUCGCGUUCGUGUCCAGUAUUGAUUUUUAUUUCUAACCUCUCAGUGAUUCACUCCAUCCAGUUCACCCUAGAAUUAAAAUAAUUUACAGUGUGUGUGUGUGUACUGUGUGGCGGAGGAGUGCGACAUUGUCAACAGUGCUGUGGCAAAGGUUGUUUGAUGUGCGAAAUUGACGUUCAGCUGGUACCUAGUUGGUUUUAUUGUUAACAAUUUUAUCAUGAUUCUAAUGCUAGCGAUUCGGAAGUUUUAAUUUUGUGAAAACUAUGCUUUGAAUAAUGGAUUUUGAUAAGGAUCCCACCCUUCAGGAAUGGACCCGCGAGCAACCCUUAUCCGUCCUGGCCCUUGAUAGUGCUGAUAGGGCCGUCCUUCGAAUUGCAGACGAGCGCGACGCUGUUCAGAAGAAAACGUUCACGAAAUGGGUCAACAAACAUCUGAAAAAGACUUACACGUGCUUGCACGUGUGUGUCACCGUCAACAAUUCGCCGUGUUGCCCACCUUCAGCCAACCGGCAAGUCAGGGAUCUGUUCGAGGAUUUGCGAGAUGGACAUAAUCUGAUUUCUCUCUUGGAGGUUUUAACUGGCGAACAACUUCCGAGAGAGAAAGGGAAUAUGCGUUUCCACAUGCUCCACAAUAUCGACACGGCCUUACAUUUCCUCCACUGUAAAAAAAUCAAACUUGUUAAUAUCCGAUCCGAAGACAUAGUCGAUGGCAACCCCAAACUUACCCUAGGUCUCAUCUGGACUAUCAUUUUGAAGUUUCAGAUAUCCGAUAUUGUGGUCGGUCAAGAACCUAAUGUCAGCGCUAAAGAUUAUCUUCUAAGAUGGGCGAAACGCACCACGCAUAAGUAUCCAGGAGUCCACGUCCAAGACUUUACCAAGUCCUGGAGGGACGGUCUGGCAUUCAGCGCCAUCAUUCACAGAAAUCGGCCCGAUUUGAUCGACUGGAGAAGCGUUAAGACUCAGAGAGCCAGCGAGAGGAUGGAAACAGCUUUCUAUAUCGCUGAACGAGAAUAUGGAGUUACUAGACUUCUUGAUCCUGAAGAUGUUGACACCCACGAACCUGAUGAAAAGUCGCUCAUUACGUACAUUUCGUCUCUGCAUGAAGUAUUCCCGGAACCACCUGCCAUUCAUCCUUUGUAUGACUCCGGUGCUCAACAGCGCGUUUACGAGUAUCGCGAAUUAGCUUCUUCGCUUCAUAUUUGGAUGAGGGAAAAAUACACCCUUAUGACAGACCGAUCUUUCCCCAAUACUCUCAUCGAAAUGAAGAAAAUUGCUACCGAAUUAUCCCGAUUUCGUACCGAUGAGCUUCCUCCGAGGCAAAGAGACAAGAACUAUCUAAACCAACUUUUCCGCGAUUUGGAAAAAUAUUUCAAGGCACUUGGAGAAGUGGAUGUUGAGCCCGAAUUACACAUUGAUAAUAUCGAGAGGAACUGGCAACGACUCAUGGGUGCCUAUCAGGAGCGCGAUCGACACGUUCAAGACGAAAUUAAGCGCUUGGAAAAACUGCAAAGAUUAGCGGAAAAAGUUCACCGGGAAAUAAAACAAACCGAUUCUGGGUUGGAUACCAUCGAGAGAACUAUCGGAAAUGAGUCGAGAAGGAUAGAACGGAUGCACCCUCUCGAAGCCAAGAAAAUCGCCGAUCAAUUGGAUCAAGAUUUGGCCAAUGCAGAGGCUAGUAUUCAAGGGUUGACCACCGACGUGAAUACUCUACGAAACGGGAGGUAUCCACAAGCCGGCGAGUUGGACAAACGUGUCAAAAACUUGCAUGAAAGAUGGGUUCAUUUGCGUCGCUUGUUGCACAAUAAGAUCGUGGGGCCUCUAUCGAAUCUUAGUUUUCCUGUAGAAGAGAGAACAGUGACAAAGCAUAUCAGAACGGUGCAAGAAACACGAAACGUUGACACUAAUCCACAUUUCAGGUCUCUUCAAGAAUAUAUCGAGUGGUGCAAAAAUAAACUUAAACAAUUGAAGAAGGCCGACUACGGUAAUGAUCUCCAGUCCGUCCAAGCUGAACGCAAUUUCCACCAACACGAACACAAGCAAAUCGAUCAAUUCCAUUCCAAAGUGGAGUCUUGCGCCAAAGCUCGCCAAUACUUCACCGGCGAAGAAUUAACUCUCUACAACCAACAUUUAGGCCAACUUCAGAAAAUCUACGCUGACUUACUUUCAUUUUCUACAAAUCGAAUGACAGAUUUGGACACUUUGUACGACUUUAUCCAAUCGGCGACCACCGAACUCCAAUGGUUGAACGAGAAAGAGGAAGUAGAAGUUACCAGAGAUUGGAGUGACGUCAAGAUGAACGUAGCUGCUGUCGAGACCUACUACGAGAGUCUGAUGAGCAAGUUGGAGAAACGCGAAGACCAGUUCAAUUCGGUUCAAGAAAGGGGUGAGUUUUUGAUACAGCAGCAGAACCAUCCGGCGUCUAAGGCUAUUGAGGCACAUAUCGCGGCAAUGCAAGCACAAUGGGCGAUGAUAAUUCAGUUGAGCCACUGCUUGGAGACCCAUUUGCAAAAUACUCGCAACUACCAACAGUUUUUUAAAGACGUUCAAACGGCAGAAGAGUGGCUUAAAGAAAAAGACGAUGUAAUGAACAACGAAUUUAGUCAAGGUGAUUUUAGUUUGGAUACUGGGGAAAAACUCUUGCAAGGCAUGCAGAUGUUGAAAGACGAGCUUAAUUCUUUUGGCGAUCAAGUUCAAACAUUGAUCGCGCGCUCUCAGGAGAUCGUUCCUUUGAAACAGAGACGACAACCAGUCACGAGACCUCUUACCGUCAUUGCCAUCUCGAAUUACAAACAAAACAAUUUUGUGAUCGAACAAAACAAAGAGUGCACUCUGACAGACAACUCUGGAAGGAUUAAAUGGCGCGUCCACAACGAGAAAGGCAUCGAAGCGCAAGUCCCAGGAGUGUGUUUCGUAAUUCCACCACCUGAUAAAGACGCAAUUGAUGCUGCGGAACGUCUCCGACGACAAUACGACCGGUCUAUAGCUCUCUGGCAGAAGAAACAACUAAGGUUGAGACAAAACAUGAUUUUUGCCACUAUUAAAGUGGUCAAGGGUUGGGAUUUGCCCCAAUUUAUCGCUAUCGGUGCCGAACAGCGAAAUGCGAUUCGAAGAGCUUUGAACGAAGACGCUGAUAAAAUAAUGGCUGAGGGUGAUCCUUCUGAUCCUCAAUUGAGACGCUUGAAACGUGAAAUGGACGAAGUCAACCGACUUUUCGACGAGUUUGAGAAACGAGCACGUGCGGAGGAAGAAAGCAAGAACCAGACAAGGAUUUUCAAUCAACAGAUAUCUAAUUUGCAACAGGCUUUGGAUGAAGCGGAACGAAUAAUCAACAAACGGGUGAUUGCCCACCUUCCGCGUGAUAUCGACACUUUGCAACAUCUAGUCUUAGAACAUAAAGAGUUUGAAUCAAGGUUGCAAAACCUUGAGCCUGAGAUCGAACAAGUCAAGGAUACGUUCCGAAGUAUCACUUUGAAGACUCCUCAACACAAGAAAGAUCUGGAGAAGGUUCUUGAUAAGUGGAAAUAUAUUUGGAACACAAGUAAUCUCUAUAUAGAGCGUCUCAAAUGUAUUGAGAUUGUUUUGAACGGAAUGGAAGACGCGACUUUAGUCAUUUCCGAAUUUGAGAGCAAACUUGCCCUCUUUAAUGAAUUGCCGAGUACUGAGAAGGGUCUCGAAGGGGUUCACGAGGACUUACUCAAAUUGCAAUCAGCCAUAGGCCAGCAACAAAUCGCUAUGGAUCAACUCAACGACGAUUUUGAUAAUACUCGCCGACUUACCGAAAAAUCAAGACCCAACCAACGUGGUCCUCACACUGAUAUCGAGCGUCUGGAUAAAGAAAUCCAGAAAUUGAACGCAAGAUGGGGCAAUGUUUGCUCGCAAUUGGCUGACAGGUUGCGCGGUUGUGAACAAGCGUACAACCUAUUGAAGAACUAUAAGAAGCCUAAGGAGAAUGAAGAUGCUUGGUUGGAUGAGCACUACGGCAAGUUGGAGAACUUGCAACCUAUUAAAGACCGUGCCAAGGAACAUUUAGAGACGACUAGAAAUCUUUUAAACAGUGUCUAUGAGCGGGCCCCUGUUAUCGAACAAGUAAAUGUCAACGGAGGCAGAUUUAUCCGAGAAGGAAAGAUCUGGAGCAAGGGACUGCAGAGGUUCAGAGAGGCGCUGCUGGAGUCACAGCCGUCGCUGGAUGUCGCCUUCAGGACGACGAAGGAGAGUGGACCGAGUGGAGCGGACAUCAUCGCCAAGGAGUUGGACGAAUUCAACGCGAAAUAUCAAUAUUUGAUCGACUCGUUGUAUGGCAGGUUGCAGGAGAUCGCUGCCAGGUGUCCCGGGGAUAUCGUCACAUUGCGAUUAGUCGAGCAAAUGCAGCCUCGUCACUUCCGGACUUUCCGGUCGGAAUUCCACAUGAGCAGUGCCAGCGAGCAAACUGCAACGUACACCACCACCACUCACUUAUCCACACAGCACAUUCAUCAAAAACCAAUUCGUACCGAAAACGGUACCACCGUUUCAAUAACUACAGACACACUGAAUCAACCUCUGAAGGACGAGAUAGAUAAAAUAUCAAACGGGCGUCCUCCUGACAAGUACACCACAAAGACUCAAAUCAUCCAUGAGUCUCAAAAUUGGGGUAAAAGCAUGCAUUUUACCGAGAUCAAGUCACUCAAACGCGUACAUAAAGUGCACGAAGGGAUCGGGACUGAGAGCAUUACCGAUAUUCCCGGGAUUGUUAAUCCUUACAACGGGGAACUGAUCACAGUUCGGGAAGCAAUCGCGGCUCGGAUCCUCGACGGAAGGACCGGCAAAAUCCUGAUUUCACCCGACGGUACGCAAGUCAGUAUUGAAGAAGCUCGGAAGCGGCAAUUGAUUGAUCCGAAAAUUGCCGAAGGUUUGAUAAGUCCCUGUGGAAUUAUCGAAGAUGGUCGAGAGUUGACACUGUUGGAAGCCAUACAGGGGAAAAUAUAUGAAGCGGAGCAUGGAUUUGUCGAUUCCAGCGAAAAACGGAUAAAGGUAACGCAUUCGUCGACGAUAAACCAAGCGAUCGAUGAUGGGAAAGUUGAUGUCAACACUGGGACGUUCAGACUCGAGUCGGGAGAGACGAUGGAUAUCAAAGAAGCGUACAAAAGAGGCUAUCUCUUGCAGCAUACGGAAGUUAAAUUGCAGACCGGAGCAAUGGCGUUGUCUGAUGCUAUCACACAGGGAUUGAUCGAUGACAGGACUGGCUGGAUCGUCGAUCGUAACUCUGGGAGCAAAUACCAAAUUGAUGCCGCAGUUAAAACUAACGUGAUCGAUGGUGAUAUUCGCGAAAUUGUCGACCCGCGAAGUGACGAUAAGUUAACCGUGAUUCAAGCGAUCGAGCAAGGGUUAAUUAACCCGAAAAUCGGUAAAUAUGUGUAUUUCCACGAGAAAUUUUCAUAUCUAGAAGCUAAAAGACGUCAGUUGAUCGUCAAACCGAAAACGCUCAAAGAAGUCGUCGAUGAUGGUUUGAUGGACGAUUCAGGUAAGAUCCUUUCCCCGACUCACCAAACGCGACUGACGAUCCUUGAAGCGGUUGCACGUGGUGUCCUAGACGUUGACACAAUCAAAUCAAUCCUAGACUUUCAAAAGAACGACCUUGUAACACUCGGAGAUGCACUUAAAGACGGCAUCAUAACUCCUGAUGGUAAAUUUCAAAAUUCAGUCACUGGUGAAAUCAUAACCAUCCAAGAGGCGGUUAGCCGAGGGUACAUUAUUUCAGUUGUUAAAAAAACAAUUUUUGACGUUGAUGCUUUCCAACCGCCUGACAAAUCCGACCACAUUAGCUACAACGCGGCAAACGCCAAAGGCUAUAUUAGUAAAAAGUCAAACGGCAGCCUUUUAGUCAACUCCAAGUCCGGAAAACUUAUUCCAUUUGUCGAGGGUGUCAAAACCGGUGAAGUUAAACCGGAAGUUUAUGAAAUGUUAACACGUAAAAUCGGUAUUUUUGAACAACAAAAUGAAUUAACAGUUCUCGAGGCUGUUUUCCGUGGCUACAUUGAUCCAAAAACAGGAAAUUUGAUUGAUAUUACCCGAAACGAAGUCGUUUAUUUAAACGAAGCCAUAGCUCAACAUCUGAUAACACCUGAAGGUGCCGCCAUGUUGAAUAGUCUCCUCAAUUUGAACGUUUCGACACAAGUAACUCGGACAUUGGUCCAGAGAUACGUCACGGUCACUCAAAAGGACCUGAAACCUACGCAGUUAACCUAUAGUGAAGCAUUGAGACAAGGUUUGAUCGAUAACGAGAAUCAGACCUUUAGGGACCCGGAGAUGAAUCAAGUAAUUUCGAUUGUUCAAGCGAUCAGUGAUGGCAAACUAGCCCCGGAUGCGGAAAGCUCUAGUCAGGUUGUUAGUACUGGAGCUGUUCCUCGUAAAUCGACAGUUGUUACAAUUACAAGCAGAAAGGAAAUUCCUGUUAAAAAACUCAAUGUUCAAACUGCCACCACUGAUCUCUUGGCCAGUGAACGAAGUCUUGGGGAAAAACAAGUAUAUGAGUUACCAACCGAAGGAUGGGCACUACAAGACGCAAUUAACCAAAAGUUGUUUGAUCCGCUUACCGGUCUUUUUAUUAUUCCAGGGACAGAUCGCUUGGCCAGUUUAAAAGAAUGUAUCACUCUUAAAAUUAUUAAUCCUAGUUCGGCUGUAGUUAUAGAUCCGUCAAAUCAACGUAGAGUUAGUCUAGUUAAAAGUUUAAGCAAAAAAUUUUUAGAUGACACUGGACAUUACAAUUUAGGUAGCCACAAAAUUACAAUGAAAGAAGCAAUAAGCCAAGAAUUGAUUUUGUUUGAAAGCGAAAUGGAAGUCGAGACUAACAGUCAGAGACUUUUACAAAUUACCAAACUUGAUGGUAGGCCUGACAAAAUCGAGGUCUCGAACGUUGUAGAUAAUUAUCCUCCAACAUACACUGAGGUCAAAACUUCAGAAAUAAAAGACACACUGCCAGUCGAGGUGGCACCUGGUAUUAUUUAUGAUCCGGCAAAUGCCCUUGUUGUGUGUCCUCAGACAAAACAAGCCUCGUCUCUUCUAACCGCAAUUCAAGAAAAAACCAUUCCGGCAACCUCCAUCACAGUAAAAGACCCACACACUGGUAAAGAUUUGCCAAUUGAUGAGGCUAUUAGACGCAAUAUUGUUGAUAAAAAUACCGGCGAUUAUACGAAUAAAUCGGGUCAUAAGAUAAGUUUAGGUGACGCUGCUAAAUACGGUGUUAUUGCAGUAGUGGGUGCACCGGUUGCUGCCACCUACCCUCUAGUCAAAGCAGUUAAAACAUUUGUUGUUGAUCCAAAAACGGGCAAAAACGUACCGGUUGAUGAAGCUCUGCAACGGGGAGUUAUCGACCAACAUCAAUACGGCAAACUGCAGUCGCAGGCUUUGGUCGAAAGUGAAAAAAGUGGGGCUUUUGAUGAUGAAGGGCCCUCCGAGGCUGAAAAAACCCGAGCUAGGAUUACAGUAGAACCGACUUACAAAGUAACGAUCGGGCGGGUGCAAUCGUUGAGUCCUGACCGCGAUGCCAAGAAGGUCGUUCUUCAGAAACUGCGUAGAAAGGUUGUGAAACCCAAAGAUGCAGUUGAGAAAGGCAUAAUUGAUGAAGACACUGCAGAGUUAUUGGCUAAGAAGGAGACGUUUAUGUCACCGAGUGGUGAUAGUCUUACUUUACAGGAAGCUCUCGACUCGAAAAAUGUCGACGGGGAUAAAGGAAAAAUCAUUGAUCCUCAACGAGGAGACGAAUUGACCAUCAACGAAGCUAUAGCUCGUGGUAUUUUAGACCCCGAUGGUACUAACCAGUUGUUGGUACCUCUGAAUCGUAGCUUAUCUAUUCCGGAGUUAUUUUAUCAAGGCCUUAUAGACCCCGACAGCCAAAAGGUUGUGCAUCCAGAAACUGGUGCUCAUUUAAGUAUUAGAGAAGCAAUCGUCUGUGAUAUCGUAGAUCCGUUAAGUACUCUAACCGAGAAAACUGGUGCUAAAAUCACUUUAGAGCAAGCUAUAGAAACUGGUGUUGUUAACGAUGCGAAAUCAACGGUUAGGACGCGUAAAGGUAGUGUAGAUUUACAAGAGGCUGUUAACGAUAAAGUAUUUGAUAAUAGUGUGCCUUCUGGUCCCGAAAAGUUGCCGAUGGCCGGUAUGACGUUUCCUGUAGCUGUAAAACGCGGUUUAGUUGAUCCAAAUAAGAAGGAAAUUGUCCAUCCGAUUACGAAAGAACGUAUUCCGAUAAAAAACGCCAUUGAUGAUGAGUUUAUAAUGUCGGUGCCUUUCCCUACUAGUUCCGAAUUCAUCAAAGUUGAGGAUGCGCUAGAAUGCAAGUUGAUUGAUCUAAAAACUGGUACUUUCAAAGAUCCUAAAAGUGGAGAAGUGUUUCCAGUUGCGGAAGCGGUAGAAAAAGGGCUUUUAGUUAUUAAGGAUAACUCUAUGGGUAUUAGUUCACAACCAGUAACCACUGUUACGGAAACAGUCAAUACAAUUCAUACAGUUACAACGCGCACAAUUGAACUGUUAUCCGGUUACGCUCUUGUGAGUGCAAGGGAAGUCUUGAAUACGAAAACUGGCGAAAUAAUAUUAUUUGAGGAAGCGCGUAAGCGAGGCAUAAUAACAAAUGAUGGAGAGACGAAAAACACUACGACAGUGAAAGACGUAAUAUCGUUUUCGGAUGCUUUGCAUCGAGGUUUGGUUGAUAUGCAUGCAGGUACUUUUAUUGAUCCUCAAUCAGGAGAGAAAAUAUUAGUUAAAGAGGCUCUUCAGGAGGGUAAACUUUUGGCCACGUCUGUUGAAGAUACUUCUACUUUUAAAACAACGGAAAUGAACAUUGCGGAAGCGUUUGAUACUAUUUACGAUGAGAAAUCGGCUAAAUUUUAUGAUCCGAACAAUCCUCAAAAGAGUCUGACUUUUGAAGAAGCUAUUAAGAAAGAGAUCAUUGACCCAAAUUCGGUUGUGUAUGAUGUUACGUCACAAAAACCUAUUACUGUGGAACAGGCUGUAGAGAAAGGGUUGAUCGAUCCUAAAACCGGCAAAGUGCGCGAUCAAAAGUCUGGCAAAAGUAUUGAUUUUAAGGAAGCAACGAAAAAAGGGUUAAUUGCGGUGUUGGGUGGGUUGGCUAUGCCAGUCGUGGCUCCAGUUUUGGCCGGGGCUGCCGCCGUGAAAGCCGUUAAAAAGUAUACCGAUGAAAAGAAGGCUAAAAAGGAACCUGUAAUACAAAACGUGGAAACUACAAAGGAGGAAGAACCUCCGAGACAAAAAGUUGAGAUUACCAUUAUCAAAAAGGUCGACGAGGAAGAAGUAAAGACGAAAAAGUCGGUCAUUGAAGAUCAACUCGAAGAAGUUGAGGAGAUCAGAUUGAGGUUACCUUUGAGUGAGGCGAUUGAGGAAGGAAGAAUAGUGCCUGACAAGUGUCGAGUUAUACACAACGAUAAACAAUUGCCUUAUAGUGUGGAGGAGGGUCUAAAGUUGAAUAAAUUGUACCCUGGUGAUAUUGUUCAAAUUGUUAAUAAACAUUUAGUUAUUUUUAUCGAAUCUAGUGUUUCUAUUUUUAUUAUCUCUAAAGACAUAACCCCUCAAAAGUUGGCGGACUUGGGGUAUUACGAUCUGAAAUCGCGACGGUUUAUUGACCCACACACCGGCGAACCUAUCACAUUUGAAGCUUUUCUGUACGAAUUAGACCUUUUCAACCCUGACACUAUCUUAGUCAAAGAUUUGACAAGCAAACCUCCUGUUUAUGUUACUCUAGACGAAGCUUUAAAUCGACCUUUGAUUGACAAAAAUACCGGUUAUAUGGUAGAUCCUAAAACCGGCAAAAGGGUACCAUUCUUUGAAGCAGUGAAACUGAGAUGGAUUAUUGACAUUAAAGACCAGCCAAAACAGAAAUACCAACCUCUGACACUUGAGGAAAUCGCCGAGACUGACAAGUUCGACCCAGUGAAGGUCGAGGUCAAAUCAGACAAUCAAAUAAUGCCGCUUAGCAAAGCCUUAACAUCGAAUAUCAUCGAUCCCAAGUCUGUGACGAUCCGUGAUGAGAAAAACAUGCAACUUGUGCCAUACUACGAAGCGAUCGAUCGUAGUAUCGUCGAUCCUCAACGAGCUCUAGUCCUCAAUACUGCCACUCAAAAAACUAUGACUUUUUCUGAAGCGUUUCUGCACGGCUUUAUACGAGCUUUGCCACGACCUAUAACCCUGGAAGCAGUGAUUUAUAAAGGUCUGUAUGAUCCUCAAACAGCUAUGAUCACUGAUCCAAUCACUAAACAAUCACUAAUAGUCGCUGAAGCUGUCGAUCGGCAAAUCGUAGAUGAUAAAUUAAGCGAAGUUAAAGACACAAAACGUGGAAUUUUUGUACCUCUCGACGAAGCACUUAAACUAAGUCUUGUGCAAGAUGGUCGUCUAAAAGACACUAAGACUGACCAGUUGAUAUCAUUAAAUAUCGCACUAGACCAACAAUUAAUUCGUAGUAAACCUAUAGUGUUUAAUUUGCUUCAAGCACUUUUAUCGAAUUAUUACUUACCAAAAUCAGGCGCCAUUUUGAAUCCACUUACAGGUGAACAAAUUACUUUACAGAAAGCGAUAGAGUAUAAACUAGUUGAUCCAGUGACCACUCGAAUCAAGGAUAAUAAACGCGGGAGGAUCGUUGAGUUAAAAGAAGCAAUUAAAAUAAAUUUAGUCGAUCCUGAAAAAGGCAUUCUUACCGAACCUGCCUUGCCUCUCGACCAAGCAUAUCUCAAAGGUUAUAUCCUCAGUACCGUCUUACCUUGGUCGUUACAAGAAACUCUAGCGCAGAAAGUUUACAAUCCGAAAACCGGUCAAUUUACUGUAAAUAAUGCUAAUGUGACACUAGUACAAGCCAUCGAAGGCGGAAUUGUUAACCCUGAUGUCCUUACAGUUAAAGACCCGCGUUCUGGUGACAUAAUCACACUUAAUGAUGCAAUAAGUUUACGAAUUAUAGACCCGGUCAAAGGUCAAGCUUACGAUCCUUUGACCAGUACUGAAAUGAAUUUUUACGAUGCGCAAGAUCGUGGUUUGAUUGUACCGUAUAAAAGUCAGAUAACCUUACCUGAAGCUGUCUUUAAAGGUUUUUAUGAUCCAACCACUGGCAAGUUUAUCAAUCCGAAGAGUAAAGAGCGGUUAAGGGCGGAAAGUGCUAUCAAUCGAGGCUACGUCGAUACUUCCUCGACCCUUGUAACAAUAGAUGAAGAGUUGGUAACUUUUGAACAGGCUGUGGUGGAGGGUUACAUUGAUACGGUCGAGGGAGUAGUAAUUAGCUCUCGUCAUGAACCAAUAGACUUUAACGAGGCUUUCGAGCGCGGAUUAUUGGUCGAAGUCGGUCCUCCGAUUCCUCUAAGUGAAGCUAUUGCCAAAGGAUUAUACGACGAAGAAUCUCAACUAUUCCUCGACCCUCAAACUGGCAAUUACGUAACUCUUAUUGAAGCUAUCGAAAUUAAUUUAAUUGACGCGGAGUCCGUUAGUAUUAAAGAUACUCGGGUGGGCGUUUGGCGUAAAAUACCUCUGAUUGAUGCUAUACAUAACGGUUUCGUUGAUGGUAACACCGGUAACGUUAGAGACUUCUCCCAAGACGAAAGUUGCGAAGUUCCAUUACAGAAAGCAUUCCAUUUGGGGAUUUUGGUUGAUAAUAAAGCCGCGGUUUCUUUACAGCGAGCUAUCCAUCAAGGGUUAUAUCACGAAGCGACCGGUAAAAUCAUAGACCCGCAUACCGACCGGAAGAUAACCUUACACGAAGCCAUCCGAAAAUUUAUAAUAAAUCCUUUACUACCUGUAUAUUUUGAUAAGAAACGCGGGAAAUUGGUUAAUUUAACUGACACUUGCCGGUUGGGGAUUAUAGAUAAGCGCAACGGCACAUUUAAAGAUCCUUAUACUGAGGAAACAAUGAAACUGACUGAAGCACUAGACCAAGGCUUGAUUGUAGAUAUAGAGACGGCUAAUUUCGGUCUCUAUGAAGCUAUUGAUUUCGGUUUAUACGACCCAGACGAUGGUAUGUUUGUCCAUCCUUCGACCGGUCGUAAAUUCACUCUCAAAGACGCUUGUAAUAACGAAUUAAUUAAUCCGGAAACGUCUCUAGUCAAAAAUAGUAAACAAAACAAAUACAUUUUCCUGCCUGAAGCAAUCGAAAAACAAUUAGUCGAAGCAGAAUUAGGUAAGUUUGUUUUGCCGAACGGUAAUUCGAUUAGUUUGUUUGAAGCUAAGCGGAAAGGUUUGAUCGUAACAGUUAAACGUAACUUGACGUUGGAGGAAGCAAUUCGGAAUGGCUUGUAUCGUCCAGACUCUGGCAAAUUUGCAGAUCCUAUAAAUGGUGAGUUUUAUGACUUGUCGCAGGCGCUAGCCAAUAAUUUUAUUGAUCCCACGACUACUGCUUUCAAAGAUCCGUUUAAUGGUACUAUUAAAUCUUUACCAUUGGCCAUCCAAGAUGGUAAAAUUGAUACUGAUAAAGGUCGCGUUCUUGAUACUAAAUCGAAACAGACGUACAAUUUCGACGUGGCGUUAGAUAAGGGUCUUUUGGUAACACUUGAUAAACCAUUAGUUGAAGAACUGAUGCAAAAGGCAGUCACAGAUUCAAUUAAAGCGUCGAAAACUACUCGCGAAUGCUCUCUUGAAGCUGCUAUCAAAUUCGAAUUAAUUGAACCGAACCGAGCGGUAGUUAAAGAUUUACAAACCGGUCGUUUUAAAACUGUUCAAGACGCAAUUGAUGCUAAACUUUUGGACAUCAACAAAUUGAUUACUUUUGAACCCCAAAAAGAUAAAGUCAAGUCGCGCAUUGUCACUUAUGACCAAACCACUCCUAUUUACCUUGACGAACCUUUAACCUUCCUCCAAGCAAUCGAAUCGAACCAUCUCGACGUCACUACAGGCAAAUUUACCGAUCCUCAGACCAAAGAAGUCCUGUCACUGAAAGACUCCCUCAGUUUGGGUUUUAUAGACCCCGACACGGCUUUAAUUAAAGACGGUAAUAAGAAAAAGUUGAUUAAGCUUCCCGAAGGCUUCAGGAAAGGCCUGAUCGAUGCCGACAAAGGCAACGUCCUUGAUAGCUCCACUUCGAAACUGUACCCUCUCCCGACUGCAAUCGAUAACGGAUUAUUGAUAACACCAUCGCGGAGUUUUACCUUGAUUGAAGCUCUGAUUUACGGUUUGUACAAUCCGACGACUGGAAGAUUUACUUGCCCCUUUACUACAACGUCAAUUAUCGAUCGCAAGCGAUUAACUCUCACUGAAGCAAUCGCGGAUAAUCUCAUAGAUCCAUCUAGUACUGUAGUGAAAGAUCCAGAGAGUGGUGGCGUCGUGCCGCUUCUGCACGCUAUUGACUUAAAGAUCGUAAAUGCCGUUGAUGGUAGGAUACGAGAUGACGAUAAAGACAUCGACUUUAUUAAAGGACAUGAAAAGGGUUUGAUAUUGCCUGCAGAACAAAGGCAAGCGGUCGAAGAAAAGUACAAACUGUGCGACGAAACUCUAUCAAAACUUCUGCAAUGGAUCGGAGACGUUGAAGAUAAAAUUGCAUCACAGGACGUUAUUCACGAAAUUGAGGAAGAUUUGCGUAACAAAAUUAAUACAAUGAAGCAAAUUAGGGAUGAUUUAGACCAGCAUUCGAGUCAGGUCGCACAUUGUGGCGACCAAGUAAGACAGUUAGUGUUAACAGCGGGUGAUGUUCUGUCAAAGAGUGAGGUUUCGACUCUUGAAAAGAAUGGUCGCAAUUUGAAAACACGGUAUGAUAAAGCCGUUGAUCGCACUGAGCGUCUCUUGAGGAAACUCCUCUCAGCCAAAGACGAACUCACUAAACUCAAAGGAGAACUCAAUAUUUUCUCCGAUUGGUUAGGUAAGGCUAGGAGGAUACUCGAAGACAAAGAACGCGCUUUGAGCGACUUGCAAAGGCUCGAUUCAAGUACAGAUAGUACUAAAGAGUUUGUCAGCGAUGUCAUCGCCCAUCAGGGUGAUCUCCGCUUUAUUAAUAUGUCGGCACAGAAAUUCUUCGACGAAAGCAAGGAAUAUUUGGCUCUUCUUAACGAUUUCCGUACUUCCCUCCCGUCACGUUUACACCACAUUGAGCCAAUAGCCUCUCAAGAUUCGCCUGUACGUACCGAGGUUUCCCUCGUGGGUCAACAAUACCGCGAUCUUUUGAAUCGCGCUAAUAACCUCUCUGAUCGGCUUUCGGGUGUAGGGGGGCGCCAACGUGAGUAUAGCGAUGCCGUAGACAAAGCUAGGCAAUGGCUCCGCGAGGCCGAGCCACGAGCUAUCAAAAUCUUGGACGAAUCAAUCGGUGGAGACCCUAAAGCUGUCGAAGAACAACUACACCGAGCUAAAGCUCUUAAUAACGAGUUUGUGGCUAAUGGACGCUUAAUUGAUAACGCGAAGCAGGUCACCGAUGCGCUCCUUAACUCCCUCCAAGGUCAGAUUUCACCGGCUGAGAUGUCGCGGUUAGAGCAACCUGUCAUUGAACUUGCUCAAAAGUACAAUCAGUUGAGUAACGCACUUGCUGACCGGUGCCAAGAGCUCGACACCGCACUUGUUCAGUCGCAAGGAGUCCAAGACGCGCUUGAUGGUAUAAUGAAUUGGUUGAACACGGCUGAAAGUCAGUUUAAGUCGAUGCAAAGACCGGCGUCGUUGAUUAAAGAACGUCUAGACGAGCAGUUGCGCGAACAUCGUGUCUUCCAAUCCGACAUAGACACUCAUAUCUCCUCAAUUGAUUCAGUUUACUUAUCUGCAAAUGAAUUAAUCGCUUCGUCAAGCAACGCUCGCGUUGCCAAAAAGAUCGAAACUAAACUAAACGACGUUAAGGCCCGAUUUGAGAAACUGUUUGAUAGGGCGCAAAAACGAGGCGAAUUUCUUGAGGAAGUUAACAAGGGAUUGACUACGUUCUUGGCAGGAGCUUCGCAAUUCGAGCAAUGGCAUGCCAGUAUUAUCGAAAUAAUUGAAUCGCGUGAGUUUGCCAAACUAUCAAUUGAGGAGUAUGCUGUUCGUAUGCAAGAGAUUGCAACUAAUAGGGAUGAUAAACGUUCACUUUUCGAAGAGGUUAUCAAGUGUGGUAAAGAUUUAUUGAAUAAACGGGACACAACGGACACUGCCAAUGUCCGUGAUCGGGUCAAGUCGAUGGAGAAUCAAUGGCGCGAACUUGGUAGUCUUUUAGAUGAGAAGCAGAAAUUGUCGAAACAGAGAGCUGAACAAUUGAAUGCAUAUGAAGCGUUGAGACAGCAAGUGUGUGAUUGGUUGAGUCGAUUUGAGGCACGAAUAGCACGGCUUGAGGUCGUAGCCAUUGAUAUAGAAAUUUUAAAGAAGCAAAAUGAAGAACUCAAGCCGAUUACAAAGGAAUAUAAAGACUACUCGUCUACUAUUGAUAAAGUCAACGACAUCGGAACGGCUUAUGAUAAUUUGGUCCGAGGUGACCGACCUGAAUCUCCUUCAAAACGCCGAAAUCAGGUGUAUAGUCCUACUAAACGCACUUACAGACCGACACAAGACACCCGCUCACCAUCACCGAGCAAAGGGUUGAGUCCUUUAUCACCAGGAGGUUCAAGUGGUUUUUCGUCACGCCGAUCAAGUCAAGAUGGUUUUCAUCUCGAGGAGUUAUCUCCAGUUCAACAACAGUUAUCUGAAAUAAAUCAUCGGUAUUCUCUUCUUGGAGUCAAAAUCAACGACCGGCAAUCAGAAAUCGAUUCCAUUAGAGAUGAAGUUAAGAAACAUUUAGAUAGUCUUAAGACACUUAGUGCUUUCUUGGAUAAAGUCCAACGACAGUUACCGAAAGACAUAGUCCCGGCUUCUAAAGAUGAAGCCGACAAACUAAACCGACAAAUCAAACAAGCUUUGGAGGAGAUGUACGAGAAACAGUCACUCCUCGACUCGACCAAGAGCCAAGUCAAAGACUUACUCAGACGCAAACCGGGCGCCCUCGGUGCCGAUAACCUCAACGACGAACUCGAAGAUGUCGUUUCGCAUUGGAAGAGUGUGAGCGACCAUCUCAAAAACAGAAUUAAGUUUAUGGAAGAUAUGAAAGAGUUCCACGACACUCAUGACUCGCUUUCUUCCUGGUUGUCGGCUAAAGAUCGCAUGUUGACAGUAUUGGGGCCCAUUUCGAGUGAUUCCCGUAUGGUACAAUCGCAAGUUCAGCAAGUCCAAGUCUUGCGAGAAGAGUUCCGCACCCAGCAACCUCAACUCCAACACUUGAUUGAUGUGGGUGAUUCAGUUUUGUCCUAUCUAGACCCACGGUCUCCCGACGGUCAAAAAGUCAAUAACAAAUUAGCAAAUAUCCAGCAACGGUGGGCUGAUCUUUUGAGCAAGUUGGAGGAAAGGGCAGAUUCGUUAGGAGCCGCGGCGGAUACCAGUCGCGAGUUUGAUGCGCAAUUGACCCGUUUGAGGGACGCAUUGCAAGGAAUUUCGGAUAAUUUGGACGAACUUCCUCUUGACAAAGAUCCAGAAGAACAAUUGAGAAAAGUAGAAAAUUUAGAAAGACAAUUGGAAGGUCAGAGACCACUUUUGACUGAUUUGGAGGCCGCAGGUGCUCAACUUUGCGAUGUGUUGAGUGAUCCAGCAUCAAGGGCUGAUAUUCAAGCCAAAUUGGCAUCAAUUGGGAGACAAUAUAACGCCCUACAGAAAAAACUCGAUCACAAGAAAGCUGAAAUUGAAGGAUCAUUACGUGAUGGACGCCAGUUUGAAGCCUCCUGUGCGAAGACACUUGGAUGGCUUUCGGACGAGUUAGGAUCACUGUCUGAAAAACUGCUAAUUUCGGCUAUAAGAGACGUUUUGGAACAACAAUUAGCUCACCACGAGCCUAUUUACAGAGAUGUCCUUGCCAGAGAACAUGAAGUUAUAAUGUUGUUGAACAAAGGCCGCGACAUGCUCGCUAGAAACAACCGAAAUGAUUCAAGGUCACUCCAGCGUGAUUUGGAUAAGAUUCAGCAGCAGUGGGAGAAGCUACGCAAGGAAACCGUUGAUCGUCAAACAAGACUUCAGACUUGCAAAGAACAUUGUCGCAAGUAUUACAAAGUUUUGGAAAGCUUCUUGCCGUGGUUGAGACAAGCCGAAGAUAAAUUAGACACUUUGAGACCUUCAUCGUUCCAAAGGAAACACAUCGAGAAACAACUGAAGGAAUUGCAAGCCUUCCGGAACGAAGUUUGGAAAAAGUCGGGCGAAUACGAAAAUACGCGAACCCUUGGCGAUACGUUCGUCUCGGCCUGUGAUGUCGAUAAAGAAGUAGUUAAGAACGAACUAAACGACUUGAAGGAACGUUGGGAUAAACUCAACAACGACUUGAUUGAGCGUACGCAAGCUCUUGAAGAUCAAUCCCGCAAACUUGUCGACUUUAACGAGAAUGUUCGUGAGUUACAACAUGGAGUAGAACGUUGUGAAGAUAAACUCGCUUCUCACGAUGCUCUUGGAGGCGCUGCUCGUGACCCAAAACUGCUUGAACGCAUCAAAGCUCUUCGUGAAGAAACCGCGAAAUUGCGAAAACCACUCCAAACAGUCAAACAGCAAGCCCAAGACUUGGCAAGUGAAGCGGCUCAGAACGGGAUAGACGCCCAUCACCUUGAAGACGAAGUAGACAGUCUUGGUGAUCGUAUUGACGAGCUUGCAGGCAAAUUGGAUGAUCGAUGUUCCGAAUUACAAUCGGCUGCGACUGCAGUGACGCAAUUUAACGAUCAAGUUAAAGGUUUGUCUCAUGACUUGACAGCGCUUGAAACUGAAUUAGAUGAGAUGAAACCUCCUGGGAGAGACUUGAAGACAGUACGCGGACAAAUCGAUGAUAUCGGCCGAUUUUUGAUCAAGAUUAAUAAAGCUACGGAUGAUGUGAAUGACGCUAUAGCGGCCGGUGAGCGGUUGGUGGAUAGCGGUUUUGCUCCAGAUACCGCACAAACGCGACAACAAGUUGAAACUUUAAGGAAACAAUUGGGAAAACUUGACGACAGGGCUAGGAGUCGCGAGCAAAGUCUCGAGGACAUUCACAAGAAACUCGAACAGUUCUAUUUGUCGCACGCUAAUGUUUUGGAUGAUAUUCACGACGCGUCUGAGCAAUUGAGGAAACUAAAAGCUGUGGGGUCGGAAGUUGACAGUAUAAGAGCCCAGCAACAAGAUUUCAAGAAGUUUAGGGCCAAGACGGUCGAACCAGUAGCCAAAGCCGUGGAGAACUGUAAUCGUGUAGGUCAAGGCUUGAUCCAAUCGGCCGCUUCUGGUGUCAAUACUGCAAUUUUAGAGAAAGAUUUGGAAAAGAUGAACGAACAUUGGAACGAUUUGAAAGAACGGCUUAACGAUCGGGAACGACGCCUGGAUGUGGCGUUACUACAAUCGGGCAAGUUCCAAGAAGCUUUGGAUGGUUUAGCCAAAUGGUUAACCGACACUGAGGAACUUGUCGCUAAUCAAAAACCACCAUCUGCCGACUAUAAAGUCGUCAAAGCCCAAUUACAGGAACAAAAGUUUCUCAAAAAGAUGCUCCUCGACCGGCAAAACUCCAUGUCUUCUCUAUUUUCUAUGGGGAAUGAAAUUGCCAAAGAAGCAGAACCGGCGGAACGCAAAGCGAUUGAAAAACAACUUAAGAAUUUGAUGGGACGUUUUGACGCUUUGACUGAAAGUGCCCAACAACGCACACUCGACCUUGAACAAGCAAUGAAAGUCGCUAAAGAAUUCCAAGACAAAUUGAUCCCGUUACAGGAUUGGCUGGAUCGUAGCGAAAAGAAAGUCAAAGACAUGGAAAUCAUCCCCACCGACGAGGAAAAGAUCCAACAAAAGAUUCGCGAACAUGGGGCUUUACAUAACGACAUUUUGGACAAGAAACCCGAUUUUAGAGAAUUGACAGAUAUUGCGUCGAACUUGAUGAGUUUAGUGGGCGAAGACGAAGCUGCAACACUUGCCGAUAAGUUACAAGAAGUUACCGACCGAUAUGGCAAUCUCGUCGACGCCAGUGAAAGGAUUGGGCAACUGUUAACCGACUCUAGGCAAGGUUUGCGACACUUAGUGUUAACUUACCAAGAUUUGGCUGCGUGGAUGGACAGCAUGGAACACAGAUUAGGUCGUUUCAAGGUUUUGGCUGUUCAUACCGACAAGCUUCUCGAACAGAUGGACGACCUAACUGCUUUGACUGAGGAAAUCGCAAGCAGACAACAAGACGUGGAUAGCACCGUAGACGCAGGUGUCGAACUCAUGCGUCACAUCUCAUCUGACGAGGCCCUCCAACUCAAGGACAAGCUUGACUCGCUUCAAAGACGCUACAACGAUUUAACUUCGCGAGGCGCCGAUUUGCUCAAACACGCUGAUGAUAUGUUGCCUCUUGUCAAACAAUUCCACAACAACCAUAACCGAUUGGUCGAUUGGAUGCAAGGAGCCGAGAGUGUUCUUCAAUCAGCGGAGCCUCACGAGGGUGAUAUCGCCCGAUUGGAGCUCGACUUGCAAGAAUUAAGACCGGUUCUUGAACAUAUUAAUCUACUAGGACCUCAGUUGUGUCAAAAUAGUCCUGGAGAGGGCGCCUCUACAAUCGAAGGGCUAGUCACGCGUGACAAUAGGCGUUUUGAUGCUAUCGCUGAGCAAAUCCAACGUCGGGCCGAAAGAAUCCAUCUCGGUAAACAGAGAGCGUUAGAGGUGACUGGUGAUAUUGAUGAACUUCUUGAAUGGUUCCGCGAGGUUGAAGGUCAGAUAAGAGACGCGGAAAAACCAUCAGCUGAGCCUGACUUGAUCCGUGUCCAAUUGAAAGAGCACAAAGCUCUUAAUGACGAUAUUUCUAGUCAGAAAGGUAGAGUCAGAGAUGUGCUCUCUACUGCGAAGAAAGUACUCAGGGAGAGUCCCCCAAGUGAGGACACUUCACUCAUUCGCGAAAAGAUGGAAGAUUUACGCGAGACAAUGGACACAGUUUCAGCAUUAAGUUCGGACAGGUUAGGUAUUUUAGAACAAGCAUUACCAUUGGCUGAACACUUCCAUGACACUCAUAACGUUCUAUCCAAUUGGUUGUCUGAUAUUGAGGAACAAAUCUCGAUGUUAGCAAUGCCAGCUAUGAGACCUGAUUUGAUCGCCCAACAACAAGACCGGAAUGAAAUGUUUAUUCAGAGUAUAAAUGACCAUAAGCCUCUAGUCGACAAGCUUAACAAAACGGGCGAGGCUCUUAUCCGGUUGUGCAAUGAUGAUGAUGGCUCAAAGGUGCAAGAUUUGCUGGAUAGCGACAACGCGCGAUAUGCCGCUUUAAAAUUAGAGUUACGUGAACGCCAACAAGCCCUCGAACAAGCUCUUCAAGAAAGUUCUCAAUUUACUGACAAACUCGAAGGCAUGUUACGUGCCCUUUCCAACACUGCUGAUCAAGUGAACAAUCUUGAACCCAUCUCGGCUCACGUCCCGAAAAUCAAGGACCAAAUCGAAGACAACGACGCUCUCAUCAGCGACUUAGACAAGCGCAAAGAGGCUUAUGCAGCAGUCCAACGCGCUGCUGACGACGUCAUAAACAAAGCUCCUAACCGAUCGGAUCCCGCCAUUAAAGAUAUUAAACGCAAACUCGACAAACUUAAAAACUUAUGGGAUGAUGUACAAAAGGCUACAAAUAAUCGUGGCCGCUCACUGGAUGAUACCCUUGAUGCCGCCCAAAAAUUCUGGAAAGAGUUGCACGCCAUUAUGGCGACUCUCAAGGACCUGGAGGAUUCUCUCGUGAGUCAAGAACCGCCAGCUGUGGAACCUAAAGCAAUUCAAGAACAACAAGUCGCUUUGCAAGAGAUCAGACACGAGAUUGAUCAAACCAAACCAGAAGUCGAUCAAGUAAGAGCUUCCGGAAAGGAUUUGAUGCGAUUGUGCGGCGAGCCGGAUAAACCAGAAGUGAAGAAACAUAUCGAGGAUUUGGAUAAUGCCUGGGAUAAUAUUACGGCGUUGUAUGCCAAGCGGGAAGAGAAUUUGAUCGAUGCCAUGGAGAAAGCGAUGGAGUUUCAUGAGACGCUUCAGAAUUUGUUGGCAUUCUUGGACAAAGCGGAGAAGAAGUUUGCCAAGAUGGGACCGUUGGGUACGGAUAUCGACGCAGUGAAGAGGCAAAUUGACCAAUUAAAGAACUUCAAAGCUGAAGUUGAUCCACAUAUGGUGAAAGUUGAAGCUCUCAAUAGGAGUCUGAUCAGGCAAGCACAAGAGCUCACCGAGCGCACCUCCGCUGACCAAGCGGCCGCAAUCAAGGAACCACUGUCUGGAGUCAACAAACGUUGGGAUGACUUGUUGAGAGGCAUUGUAGAACGGCAAAGACAACUCGAGAAUGCUUUGUUGCGUCUUGGUCAGUUCCAACAUGCCCUCAACGAGCUCCUAGUUUGGAUCAGCAAGACUGAUAAGACUUUAGAUGAGCUGAAACCUGUUCAAGGAGAUCCACAAAUUUUAGAAAUCGAGUUGGCAAAACUUAAAGUCUUGGUUAAUGAUAUACAAGCCCACCAGACGAGUGUUGAUACUUUGAAUGAUGCGGGAAGACAAAUUAUUGAAACUGGAGAAGGUUCAGAUGAGGCUUCCAUCACUCAGGAUAAGCUUAACACUCUUAAUACCCAAUGGAGGGCUUUGAUGCGGAAAGCUGCUGACCGUCAACGCGAACUUGAGGAUUCUCUCAAUGAAGCUCAGAAGUUCAAUGCAGAAAUACAAGACUUACUAUCAUGGCUAUGUGAUGUUGACGGUAUUAUAACUGCAAGUAAGCCGGUAGGAGGUCUUCCGGAAACAGCAAGUGAACAAUUAGAACGUUUCAUGGAGAUUUACAACGAAAUUGAGGAUAAUAGACCGAAAGUUGAAACAGUAUUAGCUCAAGGACAAGAGUAUCUGAAAAAGGGUUCAAAUGCCGCAUCUAACCUUCAACACAAUUUACGUACCUUGAAACAGCGUUGGGAUUCGGUCACGUCUCGAGCCAACGACAAGAAAAUCAAACUCGAGAUUGCUCUGAAAGAAGCCACCGAAUUUCACGAGGCUCUUGAGAACUUCGUCGAAUGGUUAACCAACGCUGAGAAGAUGUUGUCUAACCUAAAACCGGUUUCGCGCGUUCUCGAAAUCAUCCAAGUUCAAAUGGAAGAACAUAAAGUAUUCCAGAAGGAUGUUAGUGCUCACCGCGAAAUUAUGCUCGAUCUCGACAAAAAAGGCACUCAUUUGAAAUACUUCAGCCAGAAACAAGAUGUUAUUUUAAUUAAGAAUUUGUUAGUUAGCGUUCAACAUCGCUGGGAACGAGUUGCAUCAAAAUCGGCCGAACGAACCCGAGCUUUGGACUUGGGUUACAAAGAAGCGAAAGAGUUUCACGAUGGCUGGUCGAGUCUUAUGUCUUGGUUAAACGAAACUGAAGACUCACUAGACCGGCUUUUGUCUGAAUCAGUCGGGAAUGACCCUGAAGCGAUCAAAAGCCGACUCCAUAAACACCAGGAGUUCCAAAGAAACCUUUCUGCUAAACAAGGUACUUACGAUCAUGUCAUGAAAACUGGUAAAGUUCUUAAAGAGAAAGCACCGAAGAGUGAUGAGACGACGAUCAGACAGAUGAUGAGUGACCUCAAGGCAAAGUGGACAGCAGUUUGUAAUAAGAGUGUGGACAGACAAAGAAAGCUUGAAGAGGCGUUGUUGUAUUCGGGUCAGUUUAAGGAUGCUAUCGCUGCGCUUUUGCAGUGGUUGAAGAAAGUUGAGAAGGAAUUAUCAGUCGAUAGUCCUGUUCAUGGCGACUUGGAUACAGUUAACCACCUUGUAGAUUUACAUAAACAGUUCGAAAAGGAGUUGGAGAGACGUAACGAGCAAAUGGAGUCGGUUAUACGAACCGGGACAGACCUUGAGCGUAAAGCAAACCGUUCAGAUGCCACGCAAAUUAGAUCUCAGUUGACUGAAUUGAACGAAUUGUGGAAUUCCGUUACAAAAUUGACUCGAAUUAGGUCAGACCGACUCGAUGAAGCUCUACGCGAAGCCGAACGUCUUCACAAAUCGGUUCAUAUGCUUCUUGACUGGUUAUCCGAAGCCGAGAGACAACUGCGAUUCGUUGGAAGUACCCCUGAGGAUGAAGCGACAGCUUACGAACAGCUUCAAGCUUUGGAUAGGUUCCGAGCGGAACUCAAAGAUAAAGAACGUGAGAAAAAUCACACUCUUGAUCUCGCUCAAAACGUUUUGGCAAAAGCCCAUCCUGACGCGAUCAAUGUUAUCAAGAACUGGAUCAAGGUUAUACAAUCCCGGUGGGAGGAAGUGUCCCAAUGGGCCUUGCAACGCCACCAGAAACUCACCGCUCAUAUGAACUCGUUACGAGACCUUGACGAGUGUCUCGAAGAACUCAUUAAGUGGUUGUUGGGUUUGGAGAAUACGCUUAUCGCUUUAAAACGUGAGGAGUUACCCAUGGACAUCCCCGCUACUGAGCAGUUAAUCGCUGACCAUAAAGAAUUCAUGGAGAAUACGCAGAAACGUCAAGGUGAAGUCGAUAGAGUUUGUAAAGCCAAACAGAUCAAGCCAACGAACGCUAAAGAACCCAAGAAAUUCGUUAAGGGCAAAGGACCGAUUCGGGGAUCACAGCAUGACAUUCGUGAACCUUCACCCGAUAGCUACGGCUCUCUUGGCCGCAAACAAAGCUUCAAAGGAUCGAGAGACUUGCUUGCGCACCGUGGAAGCCGUUCCAGUCCUGGUCGGGAACUGAGUCCGGAUCCUCAAUUACCACAUAUUGGGCCAAGAUUCCCAUCUGGCAGCGAACCCGAAUUCCGAUCGCCACGUGUCAAGUUUUUGUACGAUAAGUGGCGCCAUGUUUGGAUGUUGUCGUGGGAACGACAGCGCCAACUUUACGACCAUCUUGCUUAUCUCAAAGAGAAGGAAAGAGCGGACAACUUCUCUUGGGAUGACUGGAGGAAACGCUUCUUGAAGUUUAUGAACUACAAGAAGUCGCGAUUGACCGACUUGUUCAGGAAAAUGGACAAGGAUAACAACGAACUUAUACCGAGAGACGAUUUUAUCGAAGGAAUUAUCAAAACAAAGUUUGAUACUUCCCGACUUGAAAUGAAUCACGUUGCGGAUAUGUUUGACCAAGACAAUCGGGGUUUGAUUGACUGGAAGAAGUUUAUAGCAGCUCUGCGACCCGACUGGGAGGAGAAACCGGUCGAUACUGACGCUCAGAAGAUCCACGAUGAGGUCAAGAGGUUGGUGAUGUUGUGUACUUGCCGGCAGAAAUUCCGAGUGUUCCAGGUCGGCGAAGGCAAAUAUAGAUUUGGUGAAAGCCAAAAACUGCGUCUAGUCCGUAUCUUACGUAGCACCGUAAUGGUGCGCGUAGGAGGCGGUUGGGUAGCUCUAGACGAGUUCUUACUCAAAAACGAUCCAUGCCGAGCCAAAGGACGCACGAACAUAGAGCUGCGUGAACAAUUCAUCCUAGCCGACGGCGUAUCGCAAACUAUGACCGCGUUCAAGCCCAAAACAUCGGCCUCCAGUCCCGCCUCUGGCUCCUCUGCAUCAUCACUCCGCACUCCUCAGGGGCCAAUCACUAAGGUACGAGAGCGUUCCGCAAGAUCGGUACCAAUGGGCAGCCUUCCGCGUACUUCCAAAUCGUCUUUAUCUGCGGGAACCCCCGAUUCGUUAUCAGACAACGAAAGUUCUACUUUCCGGACGCCGAGAAAACCUUCUUACAGAUCAACGAUGACUCCAGGAGGGUCUAGGUCGAACUCACGUCCGGCGUCGCGAACUGGCAGCAGGCCUGGCAGUAAACCACCAUCGAGACACGGUUCUAAUCUUUCUCUAGAUAGUACAGAUGAUGGUACCCCGUCGAGGAUUCCACGAAGGACUCCAACGUCAAGUCGGGUAACAUCAACGACCUCAUCUUUGAGGAGACCCCAGAAUGGUACCGGAUCCAGGCCGAGGACCCCCACAGGUUUAAUUUCGCCAGCUAGUCCAGCCGGAAAAUCAUCAGGCAUUCCCCGAGCAUCAAGUAUACCAACACUAACAUCAGUUACCACUCCAAGGUCUCGCAUACCUGUGUACAAAGGAAUUGGUGACACUGAUCUCGAGUCUCCCUCAACGUCAAGCUCUUGCUCUAUGUCUUUAUCUUCAGGAACGAAAUCGUCGGCGAGUAGAUCGAGCAGAUCGAAAAUACCGAUUAGGAGUACAAGCAAACCACGACAAGUGACAAUCGGUAACGCUCCAACGCUAAGGACGGCGGCUAGGACACGAACACCAUCCGGGUCUAACACCCCCGUUCCUCCCGGCCAACAAACUGCCGCUUCGCGCCUUUUACGCAAACCAUCGGGAGCGUCCGACACACCAACCGGCCAAGCGAAGAAAACAACAAAGGAACGGGAGCCUUUUAGACUUUAAUUAAUUAUAAGAUUAACUUAUUCCAAAACUGACUAAUGACUGACAUUAGGGUUAUUGUGUUUGUUUAAUUUGUUCAUAUUUUUGUAUAAAAGAUUAAUUUAUGAAGCGGCCCCGGAAAUCGCCAGUUCCGGAGUUGAAUUAUUGUGGUAAAUCACAAUACGUAAUUGCGUUAUGUUGCCAUAAAUUGCAAAAUUAUUUUUUCUUGAGGUAAUUUUUUGUCUUAUUUUUUGCGUUAAAUGGGUAUCAGUGGGACCAUUUUUGUGGCGAUUUGCUUUAUUUAGUGGACGUUUAUUUGAUUUAUCCUACUAACUUACUUAUUUUAUUCUUAAUAAUUUAGAUACUAAAGCGCCGCUAAUAGUUGUGUGAUUACCAGAAACGCCUUUCUUUUAUAUCGCCAGUAUGAAAGAAUGGAUCAGUCAAUAUUGUAACUAUUACUAUAUUUAAUUUGUUAUGUAAUUAAAACAAUAAACUAAAUUUUUUAAGUGAA